UUUUUCGAUCUCUUUUGGUUCGGUCCGUUGAAAAAUCAAAACAGUGAUCGCGAGUGCAAUAUUUUGUCGAAAAUCCACCGCAAUAUCCAUAUAAAAAGUUGAAACAACAAACCCCUGCCCGCCAGAUCGGUGAAAAUACGGUUAAACAAAAAAAUCUAUCACAAAAAUCGCUUAAAAAUACAUCAAUAUGUGCGUGAGUGUGUUUCGCGUGUGUUUUUCUAUGUGUGCGUGGGUCUGAUCCGUUCGAUUUGCUCUGUCAACGUCGGCAUCGAAAUCCAACGUUCCUUCUUAUAAGCCGAACCUAAAUCCGAGGCUCUCGACUCUGUCUUGUGUGUUGCGUGCGUGCUUCCUUUCGUGCGCUUUGUUUCAGGCACGUAAUCUGUCCCCCUCUCUGUCUCUAACCACGGUUUCGCGUUUACGGUCCCUAAUCAACCUGCUGAUCCCCUCCAGAGGGUUAAGCACACACACCGACACUCACAACCUCAACGAAAGACAGAGAGUGUGAGUGAGAGAGAGAGAUAGCAAUCCUGCUUCGAUCAAGAUUAUGCGCCUAAUUUGAAGCUGUAAUUAAUUUGAAGAUACCCUAAUAAAAAGAGUGAACGAACACCACGGCACAGCGGAUAACCAGAGGCAGAGAAUAGAGCAGAAGCACACAAAAAUUCUACCUUCCACCACAUUUUUGAGGGGCGUUUGACUAUACCCGGCGCUAUUUUAUUAACCCCCCACCGCCGAUGCCUUCACAAUAUGGAAUUGGCGAUUUGUAAAACAGAUCUAUCUGCCACAAAGUUUAUGCUGCCACCACCAGCGUUGCCCCCCGCAUCCAACGCCAUUGCCACAGGAGGAGGAGCCGCCGCAGGUGGAACACACUCUUCGUCGUCCGUUGCACAGUUUUCCUUCCCCACCAACCUCAACGAACUGUUCAACGGCUUCAACGCUGGUCAUCUGUUUAAAUCACAGCCGCAGCACAGCGUCAGCAUUCAUUCAUCGGUGGUGCCAUCGAUCCUGAAUAGCAAUAACUCCACCAGCAACAUGAGGCUCAAGAAGAACCGAAAGGUUACAUUUCUAACGAGUUUAGUGGAGUCGAAGAACAUCUUCAUCAAAGAGGAGCCCAUCAAUGGUUGCAAGGACUUGCCGCCCACAAUCUGCAGUUUAUCGGAUAUUUCAGAUCAUGAAGCCUCCUUGGAUGUGCCCACCGCCCUGCCACCCCUCACGCCGGGCACCAAUCGCAAGGUCAACGAGGUGCUCAAGGCCAGCUUUGCCUCCUGGGAGAAGGAGGUGCAAAAGUACAACAUAACCAAAGAUCCCCGUGAGUGGACGGAGGAGCAUGUAAUCUAUUGGCUGAAUUGGGCCAAGAACGAGUUCUCGCUGGUCUCCAUGAACCUCGAUCCCUUCUACAAGAUGACGGGUCGAGCCAUGGUCGAGUUGGGAAAGGAGAAAUUCCUGGCCAUUACGCCGCCCUUCACCGGCGACAUACUGUGGGAGCAUUUGGAUAUCCUACAAAAAGAUUGCGAGAAACCAAAUGAGGAUAUUGUGCACGGCAACUCCUUUGAGUCGUCGGCCACCACUGCCUCGGUCUGUGGAUCGGACCAUCAGGUAGCCCCCAACUACCCCACGGCGAACACGGGUGGAACGGAGGGAACAUCCAACUCCCAAUCGGCGGGGCACUCCAGUAAUAAUACCAGCAAUAAUACCAACAACAACAACAACAGCCGCCUGUCGUCCAUGGAUUAUGGAACGGGAGCGGGGAACAGUGAUAAAAGCAACUUCCAUCCAGCAUCUUCCCAGCAUAACGGCUACAGCAGCAACACACAUGAACGCCCCAACAAUAGCCCGCCCCCGCAACAACAGCAACAGCAACAGCAACAGCAGCAGCAAAAUGGCAACACGAACACCAACAACAACAACAGCAGCGGCAACAGCAGCAACAAUUCGAUGCUGCCGCCUGCUGUGCAACAGCAAAGCUCCAGCGACACAAACAACACCAGCAACAAUAACAAUAACAACAACAACAAUACGAAUCCAAGCAACAAUAACAAUAACAACAACAACAACAUCAAUUACCAACUGGCCGCCAUGGCUGCGAUCUACCAGCAUCAGAUGAAGGAGGAGCCCGGAACUCAGAACGGAAGCGGCGGCAGUGGCGGAUCCUAUGCGGCAGGAGGACCCAAUGGCAGUCAGAACGAUCCCACCGAUCUCAGUAGCUAUGGCCUGUCGCCGCAUCUGGCCGCUGCCUACAGCGCAGGCGGCAGUGGCAGCAGCAGUGGGGGAGGCACAGCAUCCACUGGGGCGGCGGGUGAUGACAGCGAUUACCACAGCACCAUCUCGGCGCAGGAGCACCAGAGCCAGGCCUCGAGCGGAGGCAAUGGCAGUGGCAACAACAGCACCGGCAACAGCAACGGCUACGGCAUGGAUGGCAGUCCGGACUUUUACAACUCGUACGGACGGGGACGCUUCCAUGACUACCCGCCAGAGUUCACGCCCUACGAUGCCCAGUCCUUCCAGUCGAUGGGCGGCCAGCCGACGGCCAUGGACCAGUGGGGGGCACACACGCACCCCCAUCCGGCGGCAUACAUGAGCACCCUGGGGCUGGACAAGUCGCUGCUCGGUGGCUACACGACGCAGGGCGGAGUGCCGUGCUUCACGGGCUCAGGGCCCAUCCAGCUGUGGCAGUUUCUGCUCGAACUGCUGCUGGACAAGACGUGCCAGAGCUUCAUCUCGUGGACGGGCGAUGGCUGGGAGUUUAAGCUAACAGAUCCAGAUGAGGUGGCACGUCGCUGGGGUAUACGCAAGAACAAGCCCAAGAUGAACUACGAGAAGCUGAGUCGCGGCCUGAGGUACUACUACGACAAGAACAUUAUCCACAAGACGGCUGGCAAGCGCUAUGUCUACCGCUUUGUCUGUGAUCUCCAGAAUCUAGUUGGCCACACACCUGAGGAGCUGGUGGCCAAGUACGAUCUGAAGAUUGAGAAGAAGGAUGUGGACUAGCAGGAGAGCAGCACGGAAGCUGCUUGAAAGAGGAAUUGCAGCAGCAGCAGCAGCAGAUGGGGCAGCCGUCGCAGAGGAUUGAGAGUCAGAGCUGCUCCUCGCAGCGGCAGCAGCAACGGCAGCAGCAGCCACGGAUUGUACUCAACACAAAACGGAACAGAAAUAUAUUGUUUUAAUCAGCGUGAUGUUAGCUCUUAAGCAGCAGUACCAGCCACACAACCCACCAGCCACCUCCCCCCAAGAACUGCGAUCUUGCGACGAGAUUAAAGUGUUCCCCUGCCCCGGAAAGAGAACAGAACGGAAACCCAAUCAAUCCAUCAACUUGUUAAUUGUAAUUAUUGUGUAAAAAUUAGACUUUUGAAUUAAUUUGAAAUUAAUUUAAAAUAUUUGUACUUUCAUAAGGCUAAGAUGUAAGUUCCCCUGCCCCGCCCACUCCUUCCGUAGCAUCAGCAAAAAGGGAAGGAAACCCAGCUUCAAUUUCGAGGAAAUUCUGUGUGUGUGUAUGUGUGUGUGUGUGCAAUGCCAUAAACAAUAUACAAAA